UGUUAAUUAAUAUUACCACCAGGUAGUUGUAUUGUUAAAUUUAAAAGGCUGGUGGAGUGCGUUGAAUAUUGUGGGAAGUUUUGAUACUCAUUGAGCCUAAAAAAAUCGAAAAUAACAGCUCCGCUAAAAUGGUUAAAAAUUGUAUGGAUCCGAUUUCCGGUUGUAAAUUGUCAUCAUGACUGUUUUUCUAUAAAAGCAGUCUCAUGGUUAUUAGUAUCUAACGGCAUCGUAGGAUCCUUUCUGCCUAAUAUUGAUUGCGCGUAUCAGCGCCUAUCAUCAUCGUCAUCGGUUUAUUGAACCGCUUCGACCGGGGCACGCGGACUGCCGAAAGCUGAAAUUGCGACGCAGAAUUCAUGGCGCAGAACGAGUCGCGCUGAAAUUUCUCUGUUCCCAACGGCCCAGCAGCCAAGCGAACGGGGAAUCCGACCGGAAAGGGUUAGCGCGCAGAUCGAGAGUCAAAUGCAUGUACCAUCAUCAAUCGUGUCAAUCGACUUCGGCCAUACACACUUCAGGGGAUUGGCCCACGAGGAAACAGUCAAGCGAAGAAAACGCAUAUAAACCUAAUACCACUACCAUAGGGCAUAAAUAUGAUAUCAUCGGCCGUCCUGCUCGAGACUGUUUCGGUGAAAAGCGAUAGCUGUUGCAGUGAGGUCACAUCGCCAGGGCGCUUAGUAUUUUUUACCUACACUAAACUGCCUGUGACGCAUUCAGCAACAGCAGCAGCAGGAGCAGCAGGUGAUUGGCAGUUUAAACCGCAGUGUAAGCCCAUCGAUUCUCGUCGGGAGGUCAACGGAGUAGCUCAAGUGACUAACAGUCUGUGAAAGUGCAUUCGUAUUAAACCAGCCGCGGUUCAACUGAGAGUUGCUGAAAGCGGAGUGAAUCGUGAUCGGUGACCAGCAUGGGAAAACUAAACACCAAUUACGGCCAGUACUGCUACGAUAGUGGAACCGUGAUAAAUCGAGCUGUGACAAAAUAUUUCAGAAAUUGUGGUGCGCAAACUGAUUCAUCCGAUUCGUGCAACGAGUGCGAAACUGGCCUUCGAUUGGCCCGAAUUGUUUGCUGCAGGGGCAACCGGUCCGAUAGCAUGACGGUCGAACGAAGGCCAAGUAGUCAAGCGGUGAUAGUGCAGAACGAGCGGCAAUGUUGGCCGGAUGGUGGAACCGUAACGCAGGGAAACGUGGGAAAUAGUGACGAGGAAGAUGAUUUCGAUGAGGGACACGCUGUCGUCGAGUUGAUUGACGAAAGCCGGCUUACCUAUCGAGCCGAAGGCAAUGCCAAUAUUGUGCUCGCCGUUGCGGACAGCUGCCGGGUGUUGCGGUUGCAAAAAUCGACCAUCAACGCCCAGUCCGGGAAAGACCUAAUCGUCGAUCUUCACCGCUUCAUCAAGUAUUCACGGGUGGUGGCCAGUCUGUUUUCGUGUCGAUACGUUCCAGAACCAAAGCUGGGCCGUCUUGACACGUACGACCUGGAAGCGUUCAACAAAAAGUUAACCGAAUUUCGACCCGUGAACCGGUUGGAUAAGGAGGUUCGCGUACGUGACGGUAUCCUGUAUCCCGAUGUAGCCUUUUUGCCGAUUAAAAUCGACCCGAUACUAUUUCUGCAGCAAGUAUUUGAACAGGAUCCCAAAAAAUACCCAUUCCAAACCUACUGCGUGGAAAUUAAACCGAAACAAGGGUGGUCCUUUGGCCCGGACGACGGAGAAGAUUUCGCCCGACAAAUGCUGUUUUCAAACUGUGAUAGCACAUCGACGGAGCUGGUUGGACCGAACGUCGGAAAGUGUCGAUACUGCUUGUAUCAAUAUUUGAAAUUGCAGAAAAAAUCGAUUGAUAAAAUUAGCAAAUAUUGUCCUCUCGACCUGUUCUCUGGAAAGCCAAUUCGGAUGUUGAAUGCCAUCAAAGGACUGAUCGGAGCACCGCAGAACAAUUUCAAACUUUCGAAAAAUGGUCGCAUUGUGUACGGUGAGCAGCAGGAGAAGACCGUCUUCAACCGGAUUCUGAAGGAAAUCUUCCAGCGUGACGGACGCACCAAAGAGGAAAGGAAAACCAUUUUUAUGAACUUGAUGAAAGAGAUUCUGCUGAAGGAUUUCUCUAGAUAUGAAUCGCUAUGCGACCGAAGGCUGCUAACAAUUCGGAAGGAUAGGAAAAAGAAGGAUAAAAAUUUCAUUCACCAGCGUACCUGCUGUCCAAUUAAUAACCAGUUACUGCCAAAAAACUGUGCACUCAAACAAAUUCUGGAUUUGCAGCUUCUGGUUAAGUCAUGUCUAACAAAACUAAAUUCCGACAAGCCAUACCGACAGGAUUCGACCGAUCCCUUUGGGUACGUGGAUGAGCUGUACGAAAAACAUUUGGACUGUUUGGAGGAUUGCUGCUCUAGGGUGGGCACAAGUAGUGAGGCUGAGAGUGAAAGAAGGACUGCCGACACCGCCGAGAGACUGAUGAAUUUUACCAAUUUCUACCUGAACGAGGAGGAAAAAUACCAGCUGGGUGCCACUGCGUUGGAUUGUUCCAUUAUGAUAACCUUCCGACGGUUGGCCGAUCGGGAGGAAGACAGAUUGCCACCAGCUGCUAGAAAUCAUAUAAUCAGUAUUGAAGCAAUGAAAUUUCUCGUAAAUGUAACCAUUACCGAUCUGGACCCAAAGUCGAUCCACCAUCACAAGAAGUACCUUAAGCAGAUACACGAUUCCAUUGGAGCGUAUCGAGAAUUUAUGUCCAGAAUCAAGCGUUAGCUUCAGUGUAACAAUAGUACCCUUUGCUAGAUUAUGCUAGAUGGAUCGGUGUCAGUUUUAGAUCAGUCUUUGCUGUUUUACAAUAGUUGACGAACUAUACAUUUAUAGUGAACAAUAACUAUUAACUCUUUAUGUCUAUAGUGAUUUAUUAAUGGGUUCGAAACUUAAGGCUGAAAAGCUCCAUCACAAACUCAAGCUGAUUGCACACAAGUCUGAAACACGAAAAGUUGUAUUCCAUAAUUUUAUAAAUCCAUAAAGUAAAAUAGGCUUAACAAACAGUUCACGUUAUAGGCUACCUAUUUGUAUAAUUUUGGUAGGAAUUAUCGGUCGGACGUCGUUCGACACAAGUGAACCUUGUGUCUGUUCGACGACUCCUGAGCAAUUCUUACUCGGAUAUGUUAGAUUGUAUAGUUAUUUGAAUCUCCUAAAAUCACCCACAGUAAUGGAACUACUAUAAGAACGGUACAACGACCGAGUCAAGACAGACAAAUGUCGGAAGUACUGCUAUAAACAUGACCACUUAGAAAACUAGAAUUACUUAUCAUGUGAUUGUGAUUUGAAUGAGUAUUAGAAUAGUUUUCAUUUUUUUCAUUUACAACUCAUUUAGAGGUUUUUAAACGCUGCAAAUAAUUUUGUUAGUGUUAAAAUGUA